GAGUUUUUAAAAAAGCUACAAAAACCACUGCUGGCCAAAAGUGUUCAGUACUCUUCACUUUUCUCCAUUUCUGCCUCCUCGGCUUAAUGUUUUCCUCCUGUAUGAAUCGAAAAUUCAUCUUGAAUCUUCUAUGGGUUAUCUUCCAGCUCCAUUAUUGCAUUGAUGUGUUCUUGCUCUUUCUAUCAACUUUAUUUGGUUCCGAUGAGCUUUGACUCUCUCUUGUUGACUUACUUCUCCACCUCAAUUCUAAAUUAUCUUUUUUUUGUCAGAUAUUGCUGUCUUUUUGUCGCUGACAAAGUUUAGCUACUGUCAGGGGAAGCUGCAUUUACUCCUGUUCUUGGUGAAGAUUUUUGGUAGCUAGGGCAUAGAGCUAGAAUUAGUACAGUAGAGUACUCAUUUUUUUGACAAAAAUAAUUAUCUCUGUGUCCUUGCUUGUCUCUAAUUCCCGUGGAGUUGCAAUAUUUAGGACCACCCGCUACUUUAUGAACUAUGUGUAUAUGCUCUUUACUUCUAUGCAUUAUAAUUAUGCUUGAAUGUUAAUCUUCCUUGUUCGAAUCCUUAAAUCAGGGAUUUGCAUCUUAUCCAUGUUUAUAUGUUUCCUAACUGCUACGGUAACUCAUAGAAGCUAUGAUAGUCUCUAGAGAUUUAUGAUUCGAUUACUUCAUUAGAGAAAUCAUAUGCUACUGUACUCCUUCCUUAAAUGUAUGUUGGAUCUGUGUCUAAUUUCUCUAUAGCUUGUCCCUUAAGUCCUUAAUCUACUUAACUAGUUCCCAAGUCAUUUUUCAUUGCCUGUCUAUCAUCCUUUUUAGUGUCAGGGAGUCCGGUUUUAUAGUAACAUCCUUAAGUUCCUCCCCUUAAAUGUAUUCUAGAGCCUGCUUGAUUGCUUUCAUUUUUGCAUAAGUAUUGGAAGCCACUCCUAUUCCUUUUGCUCUAGCAAUAUCAUAUCCCCAAUGUCAUUCCUAAUACAAAAUGCAAAUGCAUUCAUUCUCGGAUUACCUUUACUUUCUCCAUCUAUAUUGCAUUUGAAUUUAUUUUUCUUCGAAAAACUUCAUAUGACACUGUGAUAGUGUAACUUUGACUUGUAAUUUCUUAAUUUAGUAAAAAUCUGUGGCCACUAUUUCUUUCCAAUUUUGAUCCAAGGAUACAACUUCUUUAAGAGCUUUCUGAUUAGAUCUUGAGUCUGCCAUACCUACUCCCUGUAGGUUACAUUUCUACCAUAUUUAAUUGCAUUCCUUCUCUUCCAUAUACUCCAUAUAAUUAUUGGUGGGAUAACCUUGUAGGUUGUAUCCAACUUUAGUGCUAAGUUCAUUGUCCAUCAUGUGUUGAUGAUCUGUUGUAAGUGCAUGUCUUCAAUUUCUAUCCCUAUAAAAAUAGCAAACUGCCUCCAUAACCUAGUGGCUAUGAGGGCUGUUAGAAAUAGGUGGGCCAUAGUUUUCUCUACUUUCUCUUCAUAAUACCAACAUCUAAAUACAAUAUUUAUUCUCAUUCUUCUCAAAUUAUCAUAUGUGGCAAUCCUCCUCUUCGAAGCCCUUUACAUAGAAAAGUUUAUUUUAAAAGGUAGACCUUUUGCCCAAAGGAGCUUGUAUUCUUCUUUCUGUUAUUUCUUCUUUCUUAUGAUUUCCUAAGCUGAUUUAACUGUAAACCUUCCUUGAGAGUUCUCCAUCCACCAUGGAUUGUCAUUUAUCUCUAAUCUGAAAGGAUUUAUAUUUCCAAGGAUAUGUUGACUCAUCUCUUCGGAGAGUUAACUUCUCAAUUUCACCUCAUCAUAUUCUAUAUUUCUACAAAAAUCUCCCCCCUCUAGAUCCUCUUUCUGUAUAUCGUCCCCUUCCACAUAAUAAAAGGCUCCCUACUUGGUAUAAUUAUCAAAUUAAAAGCUAAAAUUUUUAGAUUUGGCCUACCACCAGUUAUUAUGUUCAACUUCCUCUAACUCUCAUCAUCUUCCUCCACACAUGUGAAGCACCAUAAACCCUUACCAUUAUUGAUGGUAUUUUUUAUAGAAUUUGUUCCAUAUGUAGUCACUCCACAUUUAAGAUGUGGAGACUCUGAAGUUUCACCAUAGUUUGGCAAAAAGAGCAUUUGAGAUUGAAUGGAGUAACCUAAGUCGUAUCCCACCCUCUUGUUUAGGAUAGCACAUAUUCUCUUAUGAAACACAUUAUUUGUUACUUGCAUCAGUGGAGUUUGCCCACAAAAAUCUUACAAAUAUUUUAUGCAGUUGGUUUAUCACACAUCCUGGUGGAUUCAUUGCUGACAAAAGAUAAAUAGGCAUUGGUUGCAGGACAUGAGUUAUUGUUGUAUAUCUACCUUUAAAUGCAUACAGGUUCUGAGAUAGAAUUAUCUGGAUUUGAGAUGAAAAGAUAUCAAAAGGAGAGGAAAAGUGCACAGCUGAAGACCCUGCACAAAUCAGGCUCAGUUACUGUGGUCGCGAUUUGAAGGCUACGAUCGCGGCCAGUCACGAUGGGUCAACAACCAUGAUCGCAUGCAUCUAACUGCGAUUGUGGUAUCCGCAAUCGCGGCAACGCGGGAAUAGGCUCAGGGCGGACAAGGAAUUGCAACCAUGGAUUGCCAAAGAUGAUGAUCUUGGUCAGAAGAUGUGGACAAUAAACCAAAGAAUUGUGAAAUUGAUCGCAGAAUUAAUGAGGAAUCAUGAUACACCGGAAGCUUUGGUAAUUCUUGCUAGCGCACCAGACCUCCUCCUACGGGCCCCAGAUGGGAUACUUGUAGAUGGAGAAGCAUGCACAUUACCCCAACUGGAGCUCCUGGAAGUUACAGCUAGAGCUGUACAACCAGUGCUUGAGUGGGGAGAAUCUGGAUCAGCAAUUGUUGAUGGCCUGGCAAACUUGUUGAAGUGCCGCUUAUCCGCUACAGUUCGUUGUAUUUCUCAUCCAAGUGCUCUCGUACGUGCUGUCAGUACAUCAGUUCUCCGUGCCAUUAUGCAUGCUGGUUCAAUAAAAACUAGAGCUAAACGAGCAGAUGUAAAUGGUGUCCAUGGUCCUGCUUAUAAGUACUUAAACAUUGGCAGUAUUAACUGGCAAAGGGAUAUUGAAAAGUGUUUGACAUGGGAAGCUAACAGCCGAAGUAAUAAUGGAAUGUGUACACAAUUUCUUGAUAUGUACCUAUGGCUGAGCAGUCCAAUGUUGACUUCUCCUUUCAAUUCACAUUACUUAGGAAUUAACCUUCUUAGAUCUUGUAUCUCUUGCCAUUGAUAUGAAAAGUUUUCUAUCUUCUUA